GUUUACUGCAAAGUGUGUGGCGAUGAAGCUUCGGGUUUCCACUAUGGCGUCGACUCCUGUGAAGGAUGUAAGGGGUUCUUCAGAAGGUGCCUGACCCAGGGCAUGAACCACAAGUGCGCCGUGGAUGAGAGGUGCCAAAUUACACCCUUCAGUAGAAACAGCUGUCAGUUCUGUAGGCUGAAGAAGUGCUUCAGCGUCGGAAUG